UAACUGAUAGCCGGCCAUAUUUCUUUCUUGUAUGCGUUGGAUCUCACUGUGUCAAGAUGAGUUCCCUAAAGCUACAGAAGAGGCUUGCAGCCUCUGUUAUGCGAUGCGGCAAAAAGAAGGUGUGGUUGGAUCCUAAUGAGAUCAAUGAAAUCGCCAACACCAACUCCAGACAGAACAUCCGUAAGAUGAUCAAGGAUGGUCUGGUGAUCAAGAAACCAGUAGCGGUACAUUCCCGUGCCCGUGUCCGUAAGAACACAGAGGCCCGCAGAAAGGGUCGUCACUGUGGCUUCGGUAAGAGAAGAGGUACUGCAAAUGCGCGUAUGCCACAAAAGGAACUAUGGGUACAAAGACAAAGGGUACUCCGUAAACUGCUGCUAAAGUACAGAACAGCCAAGAAGAUUGAUAGGCAUCUGUACCAUGCUCUGUACAUGAAGGCGAAGGGUAAUGUGUUCAAGAACAAGCGUGUGCUCAUGGAGUACAUCCACAGGAAGAAGGCUGAGAAGGCUAGGACUAAGAUGCUCAGUGAUCAGGCCGAGGCGCGCCGCAACAAGGUGAAGGAGGCCCGCAAACGGCGCGAGGAGCGCAUCGCCGCCAAGAAGGAAGAGCUGCUGCAGACGUUCGCGCGCGAAGAUGAAGCCGCCGUCACCGCCAAAAAGUGAUACAAUAAACACCUGAACACAUA